CCCAAACAAUAACAUAUGAACUCUAUAAAUAGAUGAGCUUCAAGAGAUUUAGUGUCCUAAUGAACAAAAAAAUGAUUUAAAUAAAAGUAAAAAAUAAAAAUAGAAAGUCCAACGAAACGAAGAGUUUCUUUCCUUAUUCUCUUUAUGACAUUAAAAGAAAACGGAAAAAAAAAAAAAAAAGAACCUAAGAAAACUCCAAUUCCUCCGUCGUAGACCGCCCCGGUCACCACUUUAACUGCCUCCAUAACCACCCGUGACUCUUGUUUUCCUCUCCCCGUGAUUCAGCUUUCUCCAUUUUCGGCCAUUAUCACCACUACCCUUAAUCUCUCUCUCUCUCCACAUUCUCCAUUAUAAAUAUCCCAUUUCCAUUUCCCACAAAAAUGGUCCCCAGAAAAACCCAUUUCCCCAUUUCCAAAUCCACUCUCCUUUUCCUCUCCAUGGCUUCCCUCUCCUUCCUCUCUUUCCUCUCCCUUUUCUCCUUCUUUCUCUCUCUCUCCUCCGCCGCCCGCCACCGCCACCACCACCUCUCAACCCAUUUCACCAACCCACCUUCCAUUGACGGCAUCCUUCACGCCUGCAAGGCCACCCGUUUCCCCGAUCAAUGCGGAUCUUCCCUUUCUCAUUCCUCUCUCCCUCCAAAUCCCUCCCCUCUCCAGAUCCUCCAAUCCGCCGUCUCUCUCUCAUCCGACGGUUUAUCCACCGCCCAAUCUAUGGUCAAACAAAUCCUCGAUUCCUCUGCCAAGAAUCUCAAUCGCACCACCGCCGCCAAGAAUUGCCUUGAGGUUCUCCGGAAUUCCGAUUACCGUAUUUCUCUCACCAACGACGCUCUCCGCCGUGGUCGGACCAAGGAUGCCCGCGCCUGGCUGAGCGCCUCCCUUCUCUACCAUUACGAUUGCUGGUCCGCUCUCAAGUACGCUAACGACACUCAAUUAGUAGAUAAAACCAUGGCGUUUCUCGAUUCUCUCAUCGGUCUCUCCAGUAACGCGCUGAGUAUGUUGGUGGCUUACGACAUUUACGGGAAUGAUACGGCGGCGUGGACUCCGCCGAGGACGGAGCGGGAUGGAUUCUGGGAAGGCGGUGGUGGUGGAUCCGGGUUGGGGUUUAGCGGUGGGUUUCCGUCAAAGAUGGCGGCUGAUGCGACGGUGUGCAAGGAUGGCGCUGGGGGAUGUUACGGAACUGUUCAGGAAGCUGUGGAUGCGGCGCCGGAGAAUGCGGCGGCGCGUAGGUUUGUGAUUCAUAUUAAGGAAGGUGUUUAUGAGGAAAUCGUGAGGGUUCCGUUAGAGAAGAAGAAUGUGGUAUUUUUAGGAGAUGGGAUGGGCAAAACAGUAAUUACGGGCUCACUUAAUGUGGGCCAGCCUGGGCUUUCCACUUACAACACUGCCACUGUUGGAGUACUUGGUGAUGGCUUCAUGGCUAGCGGUCUCACCAUUCAAAACACGGCCGGGCCUGAUGCCCAUCAAGCUGUGGCCUUUAGAUCAGAUAGUGAUCUCUCAGUCAUUCAAGAUUGUGAGUUUAUUGGCAACCAAGAUACUCUCUAUGCCCACUCCCUUCGCCAAUUCUACAAAUCUUGUAAGAUUCAAGGCAAUGUAGAUUUCAUCUUUGGAAACUCUGCUUCCAUCUUCCAAGAUUGCGAAAUCCUAGUUCGUCCCCGACAGCUCAAGCCUGAGAAAGGCGAAAACAACGCCAUCACUGCCCAGGGCAGGACCGACCCUGCUCAAUCGACUGGUUUUGUGUUCCAGAACUGCCUCAUAAAUGGCACUCAGGAGUACAUGUCAUUGUACUACAGUAAGCCUAAAGUGCAUAAGAACUUCUUGGGGAGGCCAUGGAAGGAGUACUCGAGGACGGUCUUCAUACAUUGUAAUCUCGAGUCUCUUGUCACGCCGGCGGGGUGGAUGCCAUGGAGUGGGGACUUUGCUUUGAAGACUCUCUUCUAUGGAGAGUUUGAGAAUUCAGGAGUAGGGUCGAAGACGUCGGAGAGAGUCGGGUGGAGUAGUCAGAUUCCAGCACAACAUGUUUUUAGUUACUCUGUUCAGAAUUUCAUUCAGGGAGAUGAAUGGAUUCCUUCAUCUCAGACAUCUAAUGAACCAAAAAUGUUGAACAAGAAAAGUAAAGAUGUGAAAUUAGAUUAGAUUUGCAAAUCCUUUGUAAUUACAAACCUUUCUAUGGAACUACAAAUUAUUAGUCUACAUAAAACUAUCAAUUAAUCCACCACUCAUCUUUUUCUUAUUUUCA